AUGCAAAUGAAGAAGGAUUUUAUAAUUGUACAAAAAGCCUUCGCCCUUCAGCCCUGCGAUGAUGUAGGCAGAACUCUGGUUGACAUAAUAAAUAAUAUUCUCCUUUCCCGUGCUGGACCGGUUAAGAAAUUUACUCUAUUGAUUGAUAGUUAUUGUCCUGAGCUUCGGCAGUCCGAUUUCAAUAAGUGGUGUCUUUUUCUAUCAAGAAAUGGUGUGGAGGAGCUUAACAUAGGAUUUUUUAAUGGAGAGGCUGAAUAUAAGCUGCCAUUUUGUAUACUCUCGUGCCCCACAAUUAAGCAACUUCUGGUCGAUGUUCCCUUUAUUGAUUUGCCGGUAAAUAAUGUUGGUGGUAUAUUUUCCAAUGACACUAAAUUAUUUUGCUGGGGUGUUGAAUUUAGACGCACUGUUAAUGGAACUGCCUCUAGUAUUAGUAUUCCUAAUCUUGAGAGGCUGGAUUUAUUUGAUUGUCGAGGGAUUAAUAAAUUUGAGAUCAGCGCUCCAAAACUUGAAAUUUUAUCUGUUCGUCAUUCUGUGCAUGGUGUGGUUGAAUCAAGAUGGUUGACACCACAUUUGAAAGCAAUUAAGGCUCUUUGGUUGUGUGGCUCUUCCUUGCUGUAUAUGGACGCAUCUUUGUUUGCGACUGCAAUAAAUCUUCUAGUACUGGGGUUGGAUGAGUUAAGUUUUGGUUGUGGAAAGCAACUCACCGUCGUCAUGCAAUUGCUUCAAAAGUGCCCCAACCUAUGUGAAUUGAGAAUUAUGGCUGAUCAGUUCCGUGGGAAGGAUGACCAAGAAGCUACUUCAAGGCUUUUGGAGGAUCCAGACAGUGGCUUUGUUAUUCAGGAGCUGAAGAUGCUUAACACAAUCAAGAUUGAAUCAUUCAGUGAAUUCGCACUCGAAAUGCUUUUUAUGAAAAUGCUGCUCUCAAAAUCCCCUGCGCUAGAGAGAGUUGUUAUUGUGCAAUCUUGGCAUAUGAAUGCCUCCGAGGUGAGAAACUUCCAAAGGAAGUUGGAAUGCUUCCCUCGUGCAUCUCCAAAUGCACAAAUUGUCUGCACUGGCAAUUACUAUGCGUCUAUGCGUGAUGACUGGUUGGAUACCCAUGGUUUUAUCCUUUUAGAACCUUAGUAUUUUUAAUCUCCAUGGGUUCUAUUUGGGUGCAUGUAGCUUAGAAAUGUAAGCAAAGGUUGUGUUGGAAGUUGAAAUGUUUUCUAAGUUUAGCAUGAGGUUUUUGUAAUCAGCAAGCAAUGUGGGCAAUUAAGAAUGUUCAUAUAUUUGCUUUUGUUAAUAAAUUACUUCAAUUA